AUGUUCAAAAAGAAGUUUGAUACAGUUCUUGAAGAAUUCCCGCUUGACCCCACACGGUACGGUGCCAAGCUUGACCCCACACGGUACGGUGCCAAGCUUGACCCCACACGGUACGGUGGCAAGCUUGACCCCACACGGUACGGUGCCAAGCUUGACCCCACACGGUACGGUGCCAAGCUUGACCCCACACGGUACGGUGCCAAGCUUGACCCCACACGGUACGGUGCCAAGCUUGACCCCACACGGUACGGUGCCAAGCUUGACCCCACACGGUACGGUGCCAAGCUUGACCCCACACGGUACGGUGCCAAGCUUGACCCCACACGGUACGGUGCCAAGCUUGACCCCACACGGUACGGUGCCAAGCUUGACCCCACACGGUACGGUGCCAAGCUUGCACAGACAGAAAUACAAGUCUCAGCUUCGAGUCAUCGUUCGCCGACGACACCAAAAUAG